AUGUCGCUGUUCAAGGCGCGCGAGUGGUGGUCGACCACGUGCGGCACGGACGAGACGUUCGACCUGGGCAGCAUGCUGGUGGCCAGCAUCGGGCCCGAGAAGCAGAGCGUCCAGCGGAUCGUCGGCUUCAUCCGCGUGUACCAGCCCAACUACGAGGGCCGCGGCGACGGCGAGGAGGCGGCAGAGAACGGCUUCCGGCCGGACGACCUGCUGCUGGAGGUGCAGCUCGACCAGCCGGUCCUGCAGCUGAUGGCAGGACACUUUGUUCAUUCGUGUUCAGAUACCUGCCUGGCGGUUCUGAUGCCGUUCCAAGUCGUCAUCUUCACCAUGAACAUGGCGGCGGGCGCCGUGGAGCACGGUACCCACUACGCCCUGCACGCCGCCUACUCGCACCGGCUCAAGCGCUCCGCCUUCAACAUGUUCUCCGGCAACUUUGGUGGCUCCAAAAACAAGGAGCUGUUCUGCGUGCAGGCGCUGGACGGCACGCUCUCGUUCUUCGAGCAGGAGAACUUCGCCUUCAGCCGCUUCCUGCCCGGCUACCUGAUCCCGGGGCCCGUGCUGUACGUGAAGAAGACGGAUGCGGUGGUGACCGGCACCUCCAGCUGGACCGUGGAGGCCUACAAAUACUCGUCACUGGCUCAAGGAUCCGACGCCAAUGAGAAGCCUAAUGGCGACACCGGGUCUGGCAAGCGGGUGUACCCCGACUGGACGUACAACCUGGGCGAGGCUGUGCAGGACAUGCAGCAGGUCACCAUGUCGUCGGGGGACGUGCAGGUGGCGGUGCUGGCCGAGCACAGCCUGAUGGUGCUCAAGGAGACGGGCCAGCUGGUGAUGUUCAAGCGGCUCGACUACCACCCUGCCUGCCUCACCACCUUCGUCAGCGACGCCGGCCGGCUGACCACGCUCGUGUCCAGCCACACGUGCGUGCUGCACGUGUACGAAGGCGGCACACUGCGCUGGGCGCUGGUGGCCGCCUACCUCGGCACCACGCCCUCGCUGUUCGUGGCGCCGCCGGUGCAGACGGCCGGCGCGCUCGACUACGAGGCGCUCGACGAGGAGCUGGCCACCCUCAACACGACCAUCCAGAAGUCGCAGGCGCAGGGCGACUCGAGCCUGGCGCUCACCUCGAAGGCGGCCGCCGACCGAGAGGUGCAGCUGGUGGUGCAGAUCCACCCGGUGCUCGACCCGUGCACGCUGCCCACCGAGCUGGACGAGCAGGUGCCGUGUGCCAGUAUCCGAGCGCUGGUCUCUCCCAUGGCUCCGGUGCAGUCCCUGGUGCUCAGCUUCCAUGUGACCAGCCCGCUGACCGUGGUCAAGCCGUCCGCCGCCAUCGAGUACCUCACGAGCACGACGGACGUGGAGGCGGUGGUCUACCUGGAGAAGAACCACGCCAUCCCGUCGCUGGAGCUGGAGACGGUGGUAUCGUACCUGGCCCCGCUGGCGCUGGUCGCCCGCCAGGCGGACCCGGUCAAGGACGCCGAGCACCGCGUCACCAUCUGCACCUCGCGGCCGUCCGUCAACCUGGCGCAGCUGUUCAGCGAUCUGAGCCUGGAUCCGAACAUGUCGAGCGCGGCCGGCAUCGAGUACUACACGGGCUCCAGCGUCACCAUCCUGGCGUCCAAGACGUCGCAGCGCUACAGGCUGCAGUCGGACGACCUGCACGCCCUCUGGCUCAUCGCCGACGAGCUGACGCGGCGCAUCGGCGCGCUGUACGAGGAGGCGGCCGGCGAGCCGAUCUGCUCGUACAUCUCGUCGCUGCCGCUGCAGGACGUGUUCGCUGAGGUGGACGCUCACCUGCUGUGGCGGCAGCGGCGCGCCCAGCAGAUGGAGCAGCUGGAGCAGCGCCGCCGGCUGGACCGCUGCUCGGCGCAGCUGUCGUGCGCCGUGCAGCUGGUGCUGCUGCUGGCGCGCCUGAGCCAGGCGUUGAGCCCGGACGAGGCCGAGCUGCUGGCGGCGGCGCUAGGCUGGCGGUGCGCCGAGUCGCAGGAGCAGGGCUGGCACGAGACGGUGGACGUGGCCGCCGGGUACCUGCACAAGUCGCUGCAGCAGAAGGCGGGCAGGGUCGACGUGAGCUCGGCGCCGCUCUCCAUGCCGCAGGACACGAGCAAGCUGAAACGGCACGUGGCGCUGCUGCUGGAGAAGGUGCUGAAGGCCGGCGCCAAGAUCGGCGAGAGCGUCAACAGGACCGAGCUGGAGGACGACUCGGCGACGGCGGCCGAGGCGACGCGCCCGCCGUCGGUGCAGCCGCUCAGUCAGGUGUUCACGCAGCGGCUCGGCUCGCGAGCGCUCGUGACCUACCUGCGCGGCAAAAUGGCCUUCGCGCCGCCGUCCGUGGCGAUCGAGCCACCCACGCCGCAGCUCAACCGCUCGCGGCCCAACUCCGCCGACUCGGUGGACGCCGAGGCCGAGACCAACGUUCAGCACCUGGUGGAGCACGCCACCACCGGCGCCGGCAUAGAGGUGCCGCGCGACAACCUGCUGGACGAGCUGGAAGCUGAGCUGCGCUAUGGCCCCGGGCUAGACAUCGCCUAG